AUGAGCUUUCUAAACGAAUUACAGAAACAAAAGAAUAAACUCAAAGUUAGAGAAACCGUAGUCACAAACGCUGCUGGACAGAGGUUCAUAGAACGGAAUGGAGAAAAGACUGAGAUUUCCUCGACUUAUGGCUUUGUGGUGGAUAAUAAACCUGACAAUAUACCCGUGUUAGUGACUGAGCAUUUGUAUAUAGGAUCUCAGGACUGUACUGUUGACGAUGUAUUAACAAAAUAUAAUAUUAAAAAUGUGCUUAGUGUAGGAAUAAAUGCUGAAGUGAACGUCGGACAUAAGUUUGUGCAAUGUUUAGAUUUACCAGAGACUGAUGUUAAACAAAUAUUAACAGAGUGUUUACCAUUUGUCCACGACUCAGUGUGUCGUGGUGAGAAUGUUUUGGUACAUUGCAACGCCGGCGUUUCCCGCACCUCAACUGUUGCGAUUGCUUACCUCAUGCAAUACAAAGGAAUGGAGUUUGAAGACGCAUAUCGCUUGGUCAAGGAUAAGCGACCUGCCAUACGACCCAAUGAUGGGUUCAAAAAGCAAUUACAGGCUAUGAAAUCUGGACAAGUCAUCUAAACACAAAAAUACGUCUUAUAUAACGUCAACAUCAAGAGAAAAUUUAAAUCAUGAAGGUUACUAUGAUUUGGCUUCAUGCGGAGUGCGUGGCGAGGGAAACACAAGCGGCGACAACGCACGGCGUCGGAAAGAUUUCAUCUUUCAUGGGACUAUGUCUUUAUACUACAUAUUUGACAACUGUCAGAAAACUAAUGUGUCCCAUACCCGCUAGGUAGGCGCCACAGACAUGCACAUAGCGACUUGACGACUAUAUUCAUUUUUGGUGCAAUGGUCAUGUCUUAAAACAGUUUAACCAAAGAGUGUAUUUUUGUUGUACAAUAAAAUAACAAUUUACAAACAGAACUAUUUAUUGACUAUAAAAUAAGUACAAGGGCCUUUCAAUAUUUUAAAGCAACUGCUGCUGUAGAGAACAAUUCUCAGUUCAUUAUUAAAUACGAGGAAGAUUGUAUUAUUUCAAGUUCAUAAGACAAA